AUGUUGCGACCCACACACGUCUACACCGUCAUCAUUGAAGCGGCUGUCGAAGAAAUACAAUCGUGGAUACCCUCAAAUAUCCGCUCAAGAUAUUAUUCGGACGACAACUGCGCCCUAUUUGGCGGUGAGGGCGGCCAUGGUAGACCGGCGAUUGGUCGCGACCAGGCCACGGCAGCGUGUCAGAGUCUAGGUCCGACAAUUGCACGAUUGCGGAACAUUCCACGGUCAAUACGUCUGCUGUCUUCCUUGCGCCAUUGCGCCUUCCGUCCGACUGCAGCACCGCUCAGCGCGUCGUUGCGAUGUCGGACCCAGAGAGCAUACAGCAUUCACGCCGAGGCCUCUGUGGGCGAAAAGAUCAAAAACAUAGACCCAACCAAGCUGACGAUUACGAAAACAAAGUCGCCCAAGGACUUGCUGCCUCCAGAGGAUCUCGUCUUUGGCCGCAAUUUCUCAGUGCCCCAAGAUCAUAUGCUGGCGCUCGAGUGGACGGCAACAGAAGGAUGGCUCCCAGCGCGCAUCACACCCUACCAGAACCUCAGCCUCGAUCCUGCGACCUGCGUCUUCCACUAUGCGUUCGAGUGCUUCGAGGGUAUGAAGGCGUACAAGGACAAGAAUGGCAACAUCAGGCUGUUCAGGCCGGACAAGAACAUGGCUCGGUUGAACAAGUCCUCGGCCCGCAUUGCACUGCCAAACUUUGACCCGGAUGCCAUGAUCCAACUCAUUGGCGAGUUUGUCAAACUGGACAAGCGCUUCAUCCCUGAUGCUCGUGGAUACUCGCUCUACCUUCGUCCCACUAUGAUUGGGACACAGCGGACUCUCGGCGUGGGCCCUCCCGCUUCCGCUCUCCUCUACGUGAUCGCCUCCCCCGUCGGCCCAUACUACCCUACUGGUUUCAAGGCCAUCUCGCUCGAGGCCACAGACUACGCCGUUCGCGCAUGGCCUGGAGGUGUUGGAGACAAGAAGCUGGGAGCCAACUAUGCGCCAUGCAUUCUGCCACAGAUGCAGGCUGCCAGCCGUGGAUUCCAUCAGAACCUGUGGCUGUUUGGAGAAGAGGAAUACAUCACAGAGGUCGGUACAAUGAACCUGUUCGCGGCGAUCAAGAAUAAGGAGACGGGACAGCCGGAGCUGCUCACUGCGCCUCUCGACGGCACCAUCCUCGAGGGUGUUACGCGGGACUCUAUCCUGAGUCUGGCACGCGAACGAUUGGAGCCCAAGGGCUGGAAGGUGCUCGAGCGCAAGUUUACCAUGAAGGAGGUUGCAGACGCUGCGGAUGAAGGCCGCAUGAUGGAAGUUUUCGGAGCUGGUACUGCUGCCAUUGUCAGUCCCGUACGGAAGAUUAGCUGGAAGGGUCGACUGGUCGACUGUGGACUUGAAGACCACAGCGAAGCUGGCCCGAUCACGCAGCAGAUGAAGGACUGGCUAGAAGCUAUCCAGUACGGCGACGAAGAGCAACAUCCAUGGAGGUCGUGUAAGGAAUGUCUGCCAACGAGACGGACCGACUCCGCAGACACUCUCCUGGCCCUCAAGGCCGGCACUUGGUUGUACAAAGAGCAGUGGGGGACGUGUGGGCUACGCGUCGAGGGACACACGGGAAGAGAAGGGGGCGCGACACAUGGAUGGUGGUUCUGGACACCGGUGGUAAUGGCUGGUUCUGAAGUAGACUGUGUCGCCAUGACUGCAACGCCAGCCAGCCAGCAUUGA